AUGACCUCCGAUUACCAGUACCGCCUGGUUCACUCUCGCGGCGCCAGACCCGUACUCGGCGCCCGAGAUCUGCACGUCGAGGUCGAGACGACUGGCGUCCCUCCCGGCGGCGUUCGUUACCGUUUCGCUACCCGCUAUCGCCCGAGCAAGUCGAGCUACCGCGAUGUUCUGCUCGAAAGGAUCCUCGAGAUGUGCAAAGCCCACAAGCUCACCCCACUCGAAAUCCGCUCCGCCGACCGUCACGGCUACGUCGAUGUCAUCUUCGCCAACGGCGACGACGUGAUCAAGGUCUACGAUAAAGACAUCAGCUUCGACUUUUACGGUACCCAGCCGGAGCUCUUCGAACGCGCUACGCCUGAUCGCAGACACGUCGCUAUGUGCAUCCAGACUCUACCCUCCUCUACCAACCUUAACGAUGUGCAGGUCGCGCUGAAGGACGACGUGAGGAUGCGCAAGGCGGGCCAGAUCGUCGACAUAUGGUCGCUGCACUGCCCCGCCAGCGGUCAAUUCAAGGGCAAGGUGCUCGUCCUGCUGGAGCUGCACACGCGGAACGGCGAAGUGACCCUCGACACCCGAGCGGCCAUCCCUGGCUGGUUCGUCUUCAACGGCAUCGCUUACCUGGUCCGCUUCCCCGACCGCCCCACGUGGUGCUUCACCUGCAGAUACGACACACUCGCCCCCUUUCACAGCAUGCACACUUGCCCCAAAGCGCCCUGCCGCACGUGCAAGAGGAGUGGCCACGCGUCGGUCGAGUGCAAGGUCCGUCGAGCGCAGGUCGCCAAAAAGCAGCAAGGCGGCAGGAGGGCCACGGAGGAUUCAAGCGACGAUGAUGAGGACGAGACGCCUAGGGCGCCGAGCAACGAUCGAGCAUCUAUGGAGCGCAGGUUUGCCGAGUUGGGCAUCCGGGAUCGCAGCGAGGAGGCUGAGGAGCUGGCGAGGGACUUUGGUGUGCUCGCCUUGUCGGAGAGCGACAUUGGCAGUUGA